AUGUUUCGAAUCCUCGAGUCGCAGGCGCCCGCCAAACAAACGGCGACGGACACAAUCAACACCUUGAUCAGUAGGUUGCAGAGUGCAACGCUACUGGAGGACCGAAGAGCUGCAAUACAAGGGCUGAGAAGUUUUGCGAAGAUAUACCCUGCAUCGGUCGCGUCGGGUGCCCUCCGACCGCUAAUUAGCAGCCUCCGAAAUGACCGGGAGGAUGUCGACACGCUCAAGGUCGUCUUGGAGACCUUGUUAAUGCUAUUCUCGCCAGAUGCGAGCAGUCCCGAGGCGUCUGAUGAGAUAGCUCUCUGGCUAUCCGACGAGUUCACGCAGCGACAAGACAAUAUUACAGCUUUACUAGAUCUUCUAGAUACCCGAGAUUUCUAUUCCCGCCUAUAUUCGUUACAGCUUAUGUUCCAGAUUUCGAGUGGACGACCCGAACGAACGCAAGAAUGCAUUUUGACGGCGCCGUUAGGUAUCCCCAGGCUAGUCAGCGUCCUAGGGGAUGCACGGGAGCCGGUGCGGAACGAAGCACUACUCCUCCUCAUUGCGUUGACACCUGCCUCGGAAGAGUUCCAAAAACUCGUCGCUUUCGAAAAUGCGUUUGAAACCAUCUGCUCGCUGAUGGAGUCCGAAGGGGGUUUGACACAUGGAUCCGAGAUCAUCGAAGAUUGUCUCUCACUCCUGGCCAACUUGCUCAAGCUCAACAUUCCCAACCAGUCGUACUUCCGUGAGACGGGUUGCAUACAAAAGUUGGCCAAUCUGCUUGCCGAUGUUAACCAAGAGCAAGACCCCGACGAGCCUACUCCUCAAUGGAUGCUUGCUCAGCGCGACAAGAAUUUAUGGGGCUUGUUGGUGAUUAUCCAGCUAUUCCUGGUGAAAGGGGGUAUCAACACCGCUGCGAAUCAAAUGGCGUUUUGGAACACUGGCGUAAUGGAACAGGUAUUAAGUACAGCUUUUGGACAGAGAUUUACGGUGAAAGUUACCGCCAAGGCUCUCGCGACUUGCGCCGACUUAAUCCGCGGAAAUCAACCGCUACAGGAGAGAUUCGGCGAUGUUGAAGUGUUUUGGGGCGCAGGGCAGGCAAGCGAUGAGGUCAAUGGCAGCAAAUCCGCAAAACCACUCCCCAGAAUCAAUGUGAUCGAAGCGUUGCUUAAGCUCUCGCUUGAACCUGCCCCGAUCCAACUGCUUGAUGCGCGCCUCUCUGCAUGUGAUUGCGUCAAGGCCUUUUUCACGAAUCACUCGGGCAUCCGCGUUCAUGUACUACUGCGAGCAAUAAACGGACAUGCCAGCGGUCAAGACGAAAUCCCCAAUAUAUUGACUGUUCUGCUCACUCCACCCGAACUACGAGGAAAUGCUGACCCAUAUCAAACAUGGAUGGCUUCUAUAUUGAUGUUCCAUCUGUUGUUUGAGAAUACUGAAGCGAAGUCCGUGGCCAUGGGAGUGACUGAAGGCAAUGCAGAGAAUGGAGAAGAAGUUAUAACCUGCAUUCAGACCAUCACUGGCAAUCUCAUCACGGGAAUACAGCGGGGCGAUGACGAGAGAAUAUCUCUUGGAUAUCUAAUGCUACUCUGCGGCUGGCUGUUUGAAGACCCUGACGCCGUGAAUGACUUCCUCGGAGAAGGUAGCAGUAUCCAAACUUUAUUGCAGGAGACCAAACACAGGGGUGUCACGAACGUGCAUGUGUCCGGCCUUUCCACUAUUUUACUGGGAAUAAUCUACGAGUUCUCUUCCAAAGACUCUCCCAUCCCCCGUAAGACCUUGCACAAGUUAUUAUUGGAACAGUUGGGAAGGGAGCAGUAUAUCGACAAAAUAACGCGACUUAGAGAAUCUCCUCUGGUCCGCGAUUUCGAGGUUUUACCGCAAACAAUCGGGGCGAACUACGAGGGUGGACUUCCCGACAUUUUCUUUGACCGGGUGUUUAUUGAAUUUCUCAAGGAUAACUUUAGCCGUUUGUUAAGAGCCAUUGAUCGUGAACCUGGGCUCGAAAUAUCCGUCAUCACGAACGGCGUUGAACGUGGCGUUUCCCGAGAACUGGUCGACUCUCUCAAAUCCGAAAUCGAAGAAAAAGAUCAAGUUGUGCAGAAGCUCGAAUCGGAGCUUGUUUCUUUGAGGCAUAAGCUUGAACACGAACAAGCUGAGCACCGAAAGUCCAGGGAUACAAGUGGGCUGGAAUUUACAAAAUUACAACAGAGUUAUGACUCGCUUCAGAAGCGCUUUGAGCAAGAAUUGUCUGCCGCAGGCGAGCAACACAAGCAAUCGAAGAAUGAAUUGCUGAAACAGCAUGGAGAGCAGCUUCGAGCCAUCGAUGCGCAACUGCGAGAGACUUCUGCUGAAUACGAAAGGAAAAGCAGCAAGUUCAAGGAACGGCAUGAAACCGAAGUCGCUGAUCUCCAGAAGAAAAUUCGGUCAUUGGAGUCAGAUCUCGCCCGAGUCAAAGAACAAUACGGCGGUGAAACCCGAGAGCUCACCACAACGAUUGAAACUCUGAAGUCAGAGGCGGACCGAUCCAAGGAACAGCAUGCAGCUGAAGUUGCUGGUCUUAACAAAUCCAUCCAGGAUGUGCAGUCAACUGCCGACAAGGCUGAACAUUACAAGUCGGAAGUUGCUGGACUUGAGUCCAAGGUUGAGACUUUGAAGUCAGAGGUCGAAAGCACGAAGGAAAAGCAUGCGACUGAAGUUUCUGGCCUAAACACAACGGUCCAAGGUCUACAAUCAAAACUGGAUACAGCUAAGCAACAGCAUGAGUCGGACAUCGCCAAACUCGAAUCCGCCAACGAGACGAUACGUUCAGAGCUCAAUACAGUGAAAGAGCAGUCUGCACAAGACAUCGAAGCCGUGAGGGAAGAUUAUUCUUCCAAGUGCUCCGCGCUAGAAUCUAGGGCGCAACAAGCUGAAAGCGAGGUCGAAAGGCUUGAGGCCGAAGCACGCAAAACUCCACAGGCGCUCGAGGAAGCCCAAAAGGCCCUUGAGAAGGCGCAAGGUGAAGCCAAGGCGAAGGAAGAAGCGCGCCAGGCAGCACAGUCAGAGCUGGAGGAUCUCCUCAUCGUGUUUGGUGACCUCGAGACAAAGAGAAACGAGGAUAAGAAACGGUUGAAGGAGCUGGGUCAGGAAGUAUCUGAAGAUGAGGACGAGGAGGAAGAGGACGAGUGA